GACAUUAAUACACCGAGUGCGACAGAAUUUUACCUGCACCCAAAUAGGUAAACAAACAUUUUGUGCGCGUGAGCCAUAAACAGUGUCAAUACCGAGUCCACUGUGAGUGAUAAACCAGUAUAAUUAGAUCAGUAAGUAAACUUUAGAUAAUAUAAUACCAUUAAAGUUUACUGACAGUAUAUUAAAGAAGAUUACUCUUGUGAAAAAUGUCACUGGUAUCAUUAAAUUUUGCUGAUGAAUUAUUUCGACGUAUGACUUCAAGAGAUGAGCCAGCAUCUACUAAACUUGAUCUAAAAGAAGUUGUAGAUUUAAAUCAAGUACCUAAAUAUAUUGAAGCAUUAUCUAUUGCAGCAGAUAUACCAGAUUUAGGAAUUCUGUCUCAUAGUUUUAGUUCGAUUGGAGCAGAUAACCAAUACGCUUCAAGAGCCUUUCUAGCAGAUGCAACAGUACUUGAUCUUGAAUCACCUAAUCGAUUUAUAAUUAUUGCCUUUAAACAUCGAAAUACAAGAAUUUUAAUUGAAUCAAUAAAUUGGUUACAUCAUAUAAUUUUAAAUUUAAAUCCUCAUUUUAACCUUGAUAAAUUUAUUACUCAUAUAACUAAAAUCCUAGCAACGAAUAAUUCAAUAGAUGUUAUUCAUAAAUUAGAAAUUCUGAAUGUACCUCAAAAUGUUAAAGAUUCAAUUAUGGAUGAUAUAAUUGGAGAUUCUAUAAGUAGAAUUUCAGAAGAUACAGUUAUUUAUAAUCCUCAAUCACAACCACAACCACACCCACUACAGCAUAUUCCUCGAAUUCAGAAACCAACAUAUUCUCAACCUCCUCCAAAACGAAAUAUGAUAAGAAGUGAAAGUCCUAAAUUCCAAAAUGUUCCUCAACUUUCUCAUACAAGAUCACCUACUCCUGUAAUAGUUAAUGAUAAUGAAUUUAGUGGUUCUCAUCAAUCGGAAGAAUCUCAAGAUUCUGAUUUAGAUCCAAAGUUAAAUCAAUUAUUAAGUAAAGUUAAUUAUCAAGUAGAUACAUCCAUUAAACCAAUAAAUUAUGAUAAUCAAGAAUCAUUUUUUUCAAUAAUUCAUGAAAUGAAUCCAAUAUUUGCUAGUAAAGAAACUGAAUUUAAUUGGUCUAAUCGAGAGAAAUAUAUAAUUAAAUUACGAUCAAUUAAUCGAGGUAAUAAUGGAUCUAUUGAGAAUAUAAUCUUAUGUUUAAAAGAUUGUUCUGAAGGGAUUUGUAAAGCUAUUAAUUCUUUAAGAACAACAUUAAAAGCAGCUAUAAUAUUAGAAAAUAAUUUUGAUUCAUUAAUUGAAUUAUAUUUACCAAGUCUUAUAAGACUUAGUUCAAGUACAAAACAUAUAGCAUCAAUGAAUGCCAAUAUGGCAAUAUGUGCAAUAUUUACUAAUGCAACUUAUACUUCAAGAUUAUUACAAAGAAUUUAUACUAGUUCAAUUGAUAAAAAUUUUCAACCUCGUUCAUAUGCUAGUAUUUGGUUACAAAUUAUAAUUUUAAGAUUUUUUAAUAAUAAUUCAUUUAUAACUGGAUUAGAUACUUGUAAUAAAAUUCUUAAUAAACUUUUAACUGAUCCUAAUCCAAAUGUUAGACUGUCAGCUAAAGAAUUAUUUUGGUGUUAUUGGGAUAAAUUUCCUGAAGAAGCUGAAGGUUUAUUACAUAAAUUUGAACCAAAUAUAGUUAAAGCUAUUGAAAGAUCUAAACCUAAACCAUCUAUAAUUAUUAAUACUCCUAGUAUUAAUAUAAAGAGAUCAAGACCUUCAUUAAAGGAAUCUAUUAUUGAAAGAAAUAAAGAACUUAAAUUAAAGCAAAAGCAAACAUCUCGUCCAUCUUCAAGAGCUAAUUCUGGUGGCACUGAACCUCGAAGAAUUGAAGUUAAUCGAUCUAAAUCUAAUUCAAUGGCUUCUAAACCUUUACCUAUAGUUAAUCCUGUGGUAAAUCCAAUUUCAAAUCCAAUUUCAAAUCCAAUUUCAAAUCCAAUUUCAAAUCCAAUUCCACCAUCUCCACCAUCUCCAGUAAUUGUUAAACCUAUAAUUCCAUCAAUAUUACCUAUAUUAGAUUCUAAUGAAUCAAUUAUUAUUCCUACCAAUAAUAUAAAUUCAUUUGAUAAACAAAGUGAUCCUAUUCUAAAAUUCUUAUCAUCUAAUCAAUUAGAUCUUAUAAGUGAAGGUAUAAAUUUAUUAAAGUAUGCAAUUAUGGGAGAAGAAGAUCUUUCAACUGAAGUUAAUCAAUUAUUACAAAAAAUUUCAUUACGUCAACCUAAAUUAUUACAACCACUUAUACUUUCAAAUGAUGAUUUAUUUAAAAAAGUAUUUCAAUUCUUUAGUUGUGAAGAUUUCUUAAGAAUUUGUGGAUUAAUUAUUAAUAAAGUUGAUGAUAAAUUAGUUAAUUUAAUUCUUGGAAUUAUUGAUAUUGAUCCAAUUUAUGAAUCAAUUAUAAAAUUAUUAUCUUAUAUUAUUAGUACUACUAAUAUUUUAGGAGAUGAUGAACUUAUGAUGCAAAUUAUUCAAUAUAAAUCUCAAUUAACUAAAUUUUUACUUGAAUUUUUAUUUAAAGCUCUUGAUAAAAUUCCUAUAAGUGAUAUUCAUACAAUUAAUCCAGUAUUAUUUGAUUCAGAAUUAGAUCUUUUUAAUACUGAUACUAAUAUUAAAGAUGAAGUUGAAUAUAUUAUUGGAAUUGAUAAUUUAAAACCAUUUAUUAGAGAAAUUCCUGAUUCAGUAUUUGAAUUAACUGAAGUUGCCCCAGAUGAUUUUACUGAAACUAAAGAUCCAAUUCAAUCAUUUAUUGAUAAAGUUGAUCCACUUCGAAAUAUAUCUACUAAGAAUAAACAAAUAGAUAUAUAUGAAGAUUUUAAAGGUUCACCUCAAAAGGUUCGAGAUUAUGAUUAUUCUGAAUUGAAUUGGUUUAAUUUACAAUUAUCAAAGAUUGAUAUUGAAAAACAACAACUUGAAGAACCUCAUGAUUUUGAACUGUUAUGUCAAAGUUUAAAGACUAGAACUAUUAGUAGAAGAGGUAUAUCUCAUGCCUUAGAUUAUUUACAAAUUCAAAAUCCUCAACAAGAAGAAGAUAUAAGGGAUUCAUUAAUUGAAUUCUUUACAGAGAUUGAAUUACUUUCAUUAACUGAUAUUUCUAAUGGAUUAAUUCUUUUACAUCAAUUAUUAAUUUAUUGAAUUAAAAUUGAUAUUAAUUGUUUAUGGAAAAUAUUAAUUAAUCUUUGUAAUGCAGAUGAAGUAAUUUUAGGAGAAAUCUUUGAUGAAUGUUUAACCGGGAUAUAUCAUAGUCAAGAAAUAAUUGAAAUAAUUCUUCUAGGACAUAGUAUAUAUAUUCAUAUUUAAACUCUAAACUUUCGUACAGAGUUUAGUGAACUUCUAUAAUGGUAUAAUAUGUAAUAUUAACUAUUCAAGAAAUUCUAUUAAUUUGUAGCUCUAUUGUUUGUCGCUUAACCGGCAGUCGGCCAAAGUUACUCCAUGUGAUAUGCAGAUGUAUUUUUUUUCUUAUUCUCCACAUUUUCUCGAAUAAAUUCUUGUAAUCAGUGCCUCAUCGUAUACUUAGAUCUUUA